UCAGUUAACUCACACUCUAGGAGGAGUAGAAGGAGGGAGGGAGCGUGUUGCAUACAUCAGUGGUGCUGGGACAGGGCAGUGGUACUGAUAUAGUUUGACUGAAGGGACCUCUGGAAGGCAUAAAUAGUUGAGGGAAGUGCUCAGGUCUCGCAGUCCCUCCUAACGACAGCCUAGGCACAGGUGGUGUCCUCCACAGCUCUUCUGUCCUCUACAUUUUUUCCACUUCAACAGUGAAUUCAUCUUCAUCCACAUACUCAUAUUAAAGCAUGGAAAGGGUGAUGAAUGUAUGCACCGCUGGCAGUGUGUUUCCCCGACUAGCCGGUCUGAUACUGACGCUGGCGGGGAGCGUCCAACCUGUGCCGAUGAGCAUGGGCCCGGAGUGCACGACAGACACCACUGCCAAAUACAGCCUGACGUUCACGGGGAUGUGGAGCCAGACCGCCUUUCCUAAACAGUACCCUAUCCACCGCCCCCCUGCCCAGUGGUCCCCUCUCAUUGGGGUAACCCACAGUUCAGACUAUCAUAUCUGGCAGGAAAAUCAGUUUGCCAGCAACGGAGUGAGGGAGUUCUCUGAGAAGGGCGAGGCGUGGACACUGAUGAAGGAGGUGGAGGCAGCUGGGGAACACAUCCAGAGUGUCUACGGGCUGUUCUCUGCUCCAGCUGUGGUCGGGGGAACGGGCCAAAUGACCUCAGAGUUCGAGGUCUUUUCAAGGCACUCUUUCCUAUCCUUGAUAGUGAGAAUAGUGCCUAGUCCAGACUGGUUCCUAGGAGUGGAUAGCUUUAACCUGUGUGAGGGAGACAACUGGAAGGAAAGCGUCACACUGGAGCUAUAUCCCUAUGAUGCUGGCACUGACAGUGGCUUCACCUUCUCAUCUCCCAAUUUUGAGACCAUUCCUCAGGAUAAAGUCACCCAGAUAACAUCAUCUUCUCCAAGCCAUCCAGCUAACUCCUUUUACUACCCCCGUUUGAAGAAUCUUCCACCAAUGGGCAAGGUUACCCUAAAAAAGAUCAAGAGCAACCAGAUCUUCAGCAUGCCCAUUGACCCCACCCAAUUCAACCAGACUGGCAACGAGAUUGGAAAUGAAAUUGACGACUCUUUAAUAAAUUCCACUCCUCUGGACUGUGAGGUGUCUGUAUGGUCACCGUGGGGCCUAUGCCAAGGUAAAUGUGGAGACUCAGGCGUGCGCCACAGAACGCGCUAUAUCCACCUACAACCAGCUAACAAUGGGGUAGUCUGCCCCCCACUGGAAGAAGAAAAUAAAUGCAUCCCUGACAACUGUUUAUGACUGGCUGGUGAGGGUACGAAACAGAGAAGAGGUCAUGCAAGAAGACGAAAGAUGCGUGAGCCAUUUCAACUGAAGCCCAAGCUGUAGAAAUUGACCCUUUUCACACUGGGCUUUCUAGACUAUAUGUACUGGAACUAUAGUGGAGGUUGGUGAAUGAUGAUGGCUCAUAGUAAUGUCUGGAAUCGAAUAGAUAUAAAUGGUAUAUAACCCUUUGGCAACCAUGUGUUUAAUGCUGUAAAAUUUUAUUCCAUCACAGCCAUUAUUAAGUACUUAUGAUAAGGCUGUCAACACAAACAGUUUCCAAAAGCUCAGAGAAAAUGGAUGUCAUGGUGCUUCAAUUGUUCCACUAUUUGCUAUACAACAGAUCGGGGUUCAGAAUUAUUAUUAGAUGCAAUUCAAUUGCAGGUACUGAACACAGUGUGCUAAGUGUUUAAGAACAUUGGUUUUCAUGAUGAUCUCAACUACAGACCGACAAUAUAUUUAUUUGCAGUAUUUUGACCUGGACUGAACACUGUAUCAAGCAGAAGAGAAGUCGACUUGAUUGUAAUUUUUUUUCAAUAUCCAUGAGAAAUUGCUAAAAUGUUCUAGAUUUACCUCCUUUAAAAAAAAAGU